AUGGCGGAUCCGGUGAACGGCGCUGCUGUCGGUGAUGAGAUGGAGGAGGAGCAAGAUAACCCUACGGGCGGGGUGACGUACUUGUGCGGAGAUUGCGGGUCGGACAACCUGAUCAAGGCGAAGGACCCGAUCCAGUGCCGACAGUGCGGCUACCGCAUCAUGUACAAGAAGCGAACCAAGCGAUUAAUCCAGUUCGAGGCUCGAUGAUGAUGAGGAGGAGCGGUGAGGAGGAGCGGUUGCAGAUAUGCGGAAGGGAAAACUCACUCGCGUUGUAAGACGAAAAGAGGGAGGAUUGUGGUUCGGCACCUUGUUGGUGUAAUUAACGACGAACACAGAGGGAGGGGAGGGGAGGGGAAUAGGAGGAGGGACCGCGUCACAGCCACGAUCGAGUCUUUUUGGUAGCCGGCGAUGCAGGGGGUAAUGCCCUAGGCGACGCAGCGCACAUGAGGAACACAGGGACACGUUGAAAAGGGGGAUUGAUUCGACUUGGGCACGAUCGCCGCAGAACACCUUUUUUUUCUUGGUUGUCUUCACUUGAACGAAAAAACAAAUUGAUCCAUCUUCACAGACAAGGAAGAUUCUGGGAUAGAUUGGAAAUGGAUUCAUACCGUCAGCGGGAACACUACCUGUGUGUUUCUAAUACGAUUCCCCCAGCAGCGGACAGCGAUAUCUCCCCUGUCGCGUAGUUGGAGAAAGCAGGCGAUGGCAGAGAGAUGGCGCCACACAACGUCACCGGAUUUCCCGCAUUUACUGCUGUUUGCGGGAAGCAUGGGUGUUGUGGCUUUUUAAGCAGAACUUUCGUUCUCUCUGGGCGGCGAAGAGCUUACCGAUGUGGGAGCAAUAUGAUGGCGUCAUCAUCGUGCAUUGUAGCCUGUUUUAGUGGG